AUGGAUGUUACUCAUAUUCCUUCUUUUGGAAGACUUCAGUAUCUGCAUGUUUCUAUUGAUACAUGCUCUGGCAUUAUGUUUGCUACACCUCUAACAGGAGAAAAGGCCUCGCAUGCAAUUCAACAUUGCCUCGAGGCGUGGAGCUCUUGGGGUAAACCCAAACUCCUUAAGACAGACAAUGGACCAGCUUAUACUUCUCAAAAAUUUCAACAAUUCUGCCACCAGAUGGAUGUGACUCAUCUGACUGGUCUCCCGUAUAAUCCUCAGGAACAGGGCAUUGUAGAACGUGCCCAUCGCACUCUCAAAUCCUAUUUAAUUAAACAAAAAGGGGGAGUCGAGGAGGCUCUACCCUCAGUACCAAGAGUAGCUGUUUCCAUGGCACUCUUCACCCUUAAUUUUUUAAAUCUUGAUGCCCAAGGCCAUACUGUGGCCAAACGUCACUAUUCAGAGCCUGAUAGACCAAAAGAGAUGGUAAAAUGGAAAGAUGUUUUGACUGGUCUAUGGAAAGGCCUGGAUCCUAUUUUAAUAAGAUCCAGGGGAGCGGUUUCUGUUUUCCCGCAGGAAGAAGACAACCCAAUCUGGCUACCGGAAUGA